UUUUGAUUCCAUUUUUUGGCCUUCAGGGCCACAAAACUUUUCUUUUCUUUUCACUCCCAUCCUCAGAUAAUGACCGCCUACUCUACAUUCUUUUCAUCUGGUCUCGCCCCUUCUCAUGACAUUCUCGCCGCCUACCCUCGCCCGCGUCCUCGCAUGGACUCCACAUCCUCCAUGCUGUCAGUUAUGUCGACUACUUCCGUUUCUACCAUAAAGAGUCCGGUAACCGAUGACGCCAGCGACGUUGAGGAGAACGAAUACACGAAGAAAGAUGAACGUCGUGAAACUACACCAACACCUCAAACACCCAAAAUCAUCACCACUCUGCCGACCAAAAAGCUGCGGAGACGAAAAUCCAGUCUUUCUGUUUCCCCCAUGGCAGGCACCCGUUCCCCAGCAAAGGCUGCGGAGAGCUCCUACCAGAGGCAUCUCUCACGUUCCAGAAGCGGGAGUGUGAGCUCUGCGAUGGCUGGUCUUACUAUUCCCCAGGAAGCCUCCUUUGACGCGACGGUCACCGCGGUUGCUGGUGCUGUUAGGGUAACCGGAAGGUCGAGAAGCGGAAGUAUUGGGAACGCGCUCAAACCUCCUCGCCGAAGUCACCGCCAACCCCCUAACAAUCCGCUUCCGCCUCCUAGCGCUCCUCUGCCCCCAGUACCACCAUCCGGUUCUGUGACUGCUUCCCUUCCACAACGCAAACAUAGUCGUUCCAUCUCCGUGGUUCCACGGCUUCGAGGUCCGUCAGCAACCCAAGAUCUGUUGCCACCAUUGCCUCCUACACCAGCAUCAUAUGGCAUGAGGAGUGGAACUGCGAGAGCGCAGUGAUUGAUUUCGGCCAUUCGACAUGUCCGUGAUCAUCAAUGCGAGUACAACAGCUGGAUACUGCCCCCCUUUUGAUACCGACUUAAUGUUCAGUUUGCUGGGGAUGGCUGGCUGUUGGGAACCCUUUGCCUGUUUAUACCUCUUUCCAUUCCCCUCUCUACCACGAAACGCGACGCAUUAUCUUGCAUGUUUAAUUAAUUUCUUUGCAUUGAUAUCUUACUGCUACAGUUAUAUUGAUUUGAAACGUAUCUUUUUCCCCAUAAUAAACUUUUUUCAAAGUCAUACUAUAAUAACAUUAUCCUUAUAUUCGUUACUAAGUUCACUUCAUCCUAUAGUAUCUAUUCCCUUCAACCUAUUCUUCAUGUUUGGCCAUUUUCACUUUACAUCUUUGAAAUCUGCUGGGUAGAUACGUACUUUUUACACUGUCUGUAGAAUAGUUGACACGCAGCGCGUCGGUAAGAUGAUUAUAACCUAACUUUGCGGUAGAUCUGACGGACACGAUUUCGGCGAAAUUGUGAAAUUGAGAUGCAGCAG